CAUGGCUGAUGUUAUCAGUAGCACCUUCUCUCUACGUUCACUCCGCUCACUCAUCGACGGAUAGCAAUGACGACGCCUACGCCCAAGAGAAAGCAUCUCGAGAUCAUCCAGGUUCUCAUCAGUCACCCCAACUACUACGGUAUUCGAAUCCGCCAGCACGUUGUGGAUGAGACCUGUAUCACGGAACGGAUGUUGGAUAUCUUCAGUACUGAGAGAGGGACUGGAGCCGAAAGGGCAGAUCCGCUUGGGAUAUCGGUCGGGUACACCAAAGAAGGAAGGCUCGCCGCGUUGGCAGUUGCAGACAAAGAACGAUGUUGCAUUAUCGAGUUUGCAAGUCUUCCACCACCUAACAGACAACAGAAGAUGGAAAUCUUGCAGAAACACGUACUCUGUCGUUCCAUUGGCGAGCUCUAUGCAUUUGAUGCUGCCAAGCUUGCGAUGGUCCUGUGGUCAGAGCUCGGUGUGAAGGUCACGCGUGCCAUCGACAUCCAGUCCGUCUUCACUGAUACCGACUUCCCAUCCGAUCGCAAGCCUCUGUCUGCCAUCCAGGCUUGUUUCGGUGACUCGGAUAACUGCAAGCUGAACGAGAAGAACAUCGAUCAAAUCUUCAAUGAUCUCACAUACAAUUUUGAAGAGAUCAGCCAGAUGCGCACGGACAUUCUUGGAAGAGCUUGGAUUUCAUGCAUACUUCCAUCGCAUGAAAACGGGAUAUCCACUUUCAGUACCGCAAAGCCCAUCAAUACCAGUGAGCUGAGUGGACAACUCCUGGAUACACUGAAUGUCUUAGCUCGCGUCUCAGAAGACUCCCGUCGUGUCAGCCACUUGAUGCCCACGGAGACAGAUCAUCAAUUCUCUGAUGCUCGAGCCUCAGCUGCCUCUAUCGAUGGAACAUCCAUUGAUGCUCAUGCCUCAGCAUACAAGACCCGAUUUCACAAGUCUCAGAAUGUAAUCACCACGUUUCAACUUGAAUCAGGCGAGCAGAUACAGCGCCGUGGACAGAUCAGCUCUGUCGAUGGAAAGUCAGCUACAGUCAACUUUGACACAUCUGUUAUGAGUGACAACAAGAAUGUCAUCUCUAUCAUCAGUACAGAUCGUGAUCUGCCAACUUCAGCUGAAGGAAAACACAACCCAUGGAUCUGCAAUAUACUGCUCUAUCAUGAUACUAUUGAUAAUGGUGCAGAUCAAUCCUCUCUUGAAUGGCCUGGUAGUUGGUUUCCUUCCUCUCAACCAGAUACUCAGAUAUCCACAGCCAGGCCAUUAUCUGAUUGCAACCCUGCCUCUCACCAUCUCAAUGAAUCCCAGCAACAAGCUCUUGAUCAUAUGCUUUCUUCAUAUCCUAUUACUCUCAUCCAAGGUCCACCUGGUACAGGCAAAACCUCAGUCAUAGCUACAUUUGUUCACCAUGCUCUGGCUGAAGGAAAGUCUGGUAUCUGGUUGAUUGCACAAUCAAAUGUUGCUGUAAAGAAUAUUGCAGAGAAACUAUUGCAGACUAAUUUUACGGAUUGGAAACUUUUGGUCUCUGAAGAUUUUCAUAAUGACUGGCAUGAUAAUCUUUAUACUAAGAUUCAGCAACAUAUUAUUCUCUCUACACAGUUCUGGAGGCUAUCUGCAAAAAAACUACAUGGAUCUAGAGUCUUUCUUUGCACUCUCAGUAUGCUUUCAAAUCCACAUAUCUCCAGAUUUACAGAAGUUGUUGCAUUGAGAUGUGCAGUGGUUGAUGAAGCUAGUCAGAUCAAAAUAGCUGACUAUCUCAAUAUCUUUAUAGGAUUUUCCUCCUUACGGAAGAUAUGCUUCAUUGGAGAUGAUAAACAGUAUCGCAUGCCUCCACAGUUAGGAGAUUUUAUAUCUCAAGCAGUUUAUAACAAUGAGUUGAAGUCAAAUCCGCUACAUCCAAUUCAAAAUGACAUUAUUGCUUGUCAUUUUGUUGAUGUAAUUGAUGGUCAAGAACGACGGAGCACAUCUCAGUCAUUUACAAAUGAUGCUGAAGCAGCUGUUGCAAUACAGCUUGCUCAUUAUCUUCAAGAACAACAGAUGUCAUAUAAGAUAAUUACACCAUAUGACAGUCAAAGAAACAAGAUUCAAAAGGAUAUGUCAAAAGUAGAUGGACUUGAUUGGAAAUGAAGAAGAUUACAUUAUCAUCUCUCUUGUUCGAUCUCGUUCAAUUGGAUUUCUCAAGAGCAUGAGACGUACCAAUGUAAUGCUCACCCGAUGCAAGAAAGGAAUGUAUAUACUUACUAGUCGCUCUUUUAUUGAUGGGGCUGGUGGAGAUUCCUUGGCUGGAGAGUUAGCCAAUCAUAUUGGAAAGAAGGCAUGGCUGACUGUAGAGGAUGUAAUCCAAGGCAGGAUUUAGGCAAAAUAGCUAUCCAUUAUAGAGGAUGUUACCUCUAGUUUAUCAUUGGUAUUUCAAAAACUUUAUGUAUUCAUUCAAAAAAUG